AUUUUGAGGGAGUUCCUCUUCCCUGACAAUUUUUUCCGUUUCAGACAUUAGACUACAAGGCGACUACAGGAGUGACAUGAGUGCUCUAAGGAGAAGGAGUAGCCACGAGAUAAAGUGUAUAGUCUUUAAGAACAACUACAGUAGAUUGAAGGAAGGCUUUGACUCGGCGGGAUGCUCCAUCAAGGGGUUCCUUUAUUCAAAAAGCGUCAUUAACUCUGAAAUGAGGGACUCCACUGAUAUGAACAAGGUCUUGGCUGGCGUUGAAGUAAAGCUCAAGUUUGCUGAGGAUACGUGGGACACACUACUCAGUGGUAUGAUCCAGCCACCACUAGACUCCCUCUCCUUUGACUUGGAAACAGAGCUAGCCAGCCACUUGUCCAUGUCACCUCCUACAUCUCUUCAAAUACAAUCUGAGACCUCUGAUCGUACUGAGGACUCUGGUUGUGGUGGUUCGACUUCUAUUAAAGAAUACUGUAACUACCCAAGCAGUCAUUUUCCCCACCCCUCUGACAAUAGUGAUAUAUCAAUUACAUCUCCGAUCGCAUAUCCAGCUAAUUCACCUGCAACCUCAGUCACAGGACACAUUAAUUCGCCUCGUAAUGGCAACGGAGACUCAUUCACGACUUCAUGUAGAACCUCAUCCCUUGACAACAAUGACUCUUCUGAUGGAUUACACUCGUCUUGUGAGAUAUCCGAACCGCUCAAAGCUGACUCAGGAUAUGAGAGCCCUUCAACAAAAGAUCCCAAAGUCGCUCCAGUCACUGCUAGCCAGACGAUUGCCUCUAAGUCAGAGUUUGUCCACGCACAACAGAGCACUGCAUCACACUUAACUGAGCCCGAUAGCGGACCAACCGUUGACAUCCUUCGACACAGGAUAGCCAGUCUUGAAAUGAAGAACAAUCAUUUGAGAUUCGAAAAGAAGCAAGUGAUUGAUGAGAUCAAGGACCUUGAGGAAGACAACAGUUUGCUUUCAAAAGGUUGGAAGGAUGACCAGCAGCUCUUAGAAUUCAAAUGCCAGCAAGUUGCGAGGGAUAAUGAGAUACUCGAAAGAAAGCAAGAGGACAUUCGACGACUCAUGAAUGCUAAUCAACAACUUAAAAAGGAACUCAGAGACAGUCUCUCGCAACAAAGCCUCCUAGCACAAGCUAAUGAGGAAUUGAGCUGCAGGAUACAACUGGCCGAGAGGAGUACCUCUUUAUCCGCUAUAACUAUUGAUCAUCUUAAACAAGAUAUAGCGGACCGUGAUAAAGUUAUUGAAGACCUUCGCAAGGAGGUAUUGAGCUAUAGGAACUGGUAUUCGGCGUUCAGUGAGUCGUGUAAAUCAGAUGAAAGUACGAGUGAACUAAAAGAUACAUAUUUAUCAUUACUCAGAACUGAAAAUAGCUAAUGUUUGUUGUUUGUGCAUGAUAGACUUUUAUUGUUUGUAAAAAGUAAUCAUUCUUAGCACAUUUUAAUUAUUAAUUUUUCAUUCUCCACUUUUAUUUGAUAGUUAUUUAAUGAUUAUUAUUAUUUUUAUUUUUAUAUCAGAAACUUUAUCCUGAAAUUGAA